AGCAAGCGAGGAAAGAGCGGGAUCAAAGUACAGAAACCCGAGAAGACGACAUCCGAUUUUCUACAACGUCGACGUCGUUUCACCUUAUAAAAGCUCGUCCCAACGCACAGAAACCCGAGAAGACGCUACAAACCAAUUGUCACCGCAUCCCGACGUCCUGUCUUUUUUUUUAACGUUGGAGUACUUGGAACGGAUGAGGGCAAGCAGCAUCCGAAAAGGCUGAGCAGAUUCAGAUCUCCAGUGGACGGUCAGACGCACACCUCUACCACCCAAGCAGCAGCCUCAAGAAGCAGUCUCUCGCCAUGGUUGAGUCUCGCGUUCCCGUGCUUUCGUCUCGUGCCCUCUGUAGCAUCGCGUUCAUUGCCCUCGUCUUCGUGGUGUUGCUUUUCCCCCGUGGCCGUUCCGAUCCGCAAUGGGCCGAUGUAGGCCACGUGUGGGGGGUCGACUGGUCAGCGUUAAGUGCUCGCGGAACGUGCCACGUCGACGUGGCGCAGUGCCAUGCGGAGGCUACAUACUGGGCGAAUGUUCGACGGCGGAGCGACAGGCUGCGAGGGGUUCUUCAGCCGCUGGACCUGGCGACGCGCGGCACGAAGCUGUUCAUCGUCAGCCCCAUGUACCAGUGCCCCUUCGAAGAGCGCCUCGGGGCCUGGGGCGACGGCGGCAAGUGGACGUGCAUGAUACCGGGAGUAUUCCAGCCCAACACCACGGUCUACAGCAUUGGCAGCCGGGGCUCGUUUGACUUCGAGGAGCAGUUCGCCCAGGCGCGCACGGCCACCAUCUUCACGUUCGACCCCUUCCUCAGGCCCGCCGUGGAGGACCAGAUGCGCGCACUGUCCUUCCUGCACUUCCGCGCCGUGGGGCUGUCAGGGGAGGCUGAUCUGCAGACGUACCGGCGCAAGAACCCCACAAAGCUCUUUGUGACGCUGGCGCGGCUGCUGGCGCUGCUGAACCACACGUACGUGGACGUGUUCAAGAUCGACUGCGAGGGGUGCGAGCUGGAGGUGAUCAAGGACAUGAGCGCCUCAUAUGGAUCCCAACCGGCCAAGCUCGCCAUCCAUGGAGGCACACUCCCCUUCGGCCAAAUCCUCAUGGAGUUCCACCACCUGCACAAGCCGGCAGUUCUUCUCCCUGCACUGUACGCACUGGAGAAUCUUGGGUAUCGCAUGUUCCAUGCGGAGUUCAACGCAAUCUGCCCCAGCUGUGUGGAAAUCAGUUUCAUCCAUGAAGGGCUUGUCAAGCCGUCCAACCCCGAUAGUUGCACAAUUGAAAAGGGAAAUAGGUAGGUCAUGAGCGUAGGGAAAUGGUAAUAUACCUAGGUGAAAUCAUAGAGCGUCAAACGUAAUAGAAUUGUUAGCGUUCCUCCUCGUGACAAGAAUGGGAUAGUUCUGAAAUAGACCAAACAAAAAUUGAGAAAGCUUGCUUUCUUGUCCUUUCAAGUGGGCAU